UGCGUCGACAUCGUACGCGAUGCCAAUGUCAGGGACGGGAGUGCUCGACGUGCGCAUGCCGCCGCCGAUGAGCACCGCGAAGAAAUUCCAGCUCCGCCUCUCGGAGAUUUUCUUCCCCGACGAUCCACUCCACAAGUUUAAGGAUCAAACAUUGUCUAGAAAGUUCGUUUUAGGCCUUCAGUAUUUCCUGCCCAUUCUUCAGUGGGCGCCACAUUAUACUCUCACGCUUCUCAAAUCUGAUAUCAUCUCCGGCCUCACGAUUGCCAGCCUCGCAAUUCCACAGGGGAUUAGCUAUGCAAAGUUGGCGAAUCUUCCACCAAUUGUCGGACUCUAUUCAAGUUUUGUACCGCCAUUGAUAUACUCUGUUCUUGGGAGUUCUAGACAUCUUGCGGUGGGCCCUGUCUCCAUUGCAUCUCUUGUGAUGGGAACAAUGCUCCGCGAAACUGUCUCCGACGAAGAGCAGCCGGCUCUUUACCUUAAACUAGCUCUUACAGCAACAUUCUUCGCAGGGGUGUUCCAGGCUUCUCUAGGCUUUCUAAGAUUAGGAUUCAUCAUUGACUUUCUGUCCAAGGCAACUCUAGUCGGAUUCAUGGCUGGUGCUGCAGUCAUUGUUGCGUUGCAACAGCUAAAAGGCCUACUUGGGAUAACUCAUUUCACUAACAAGAUGCAACUAAUCCCGGUGUUAUCUUCUGUCAUUCAUGAGGAAAAAGAGUGGUCAUUGGAGACAAUAGUCAUGGGAGUGUGUUUUCUGAUUAUAUUACUUGUCACAAGGCAAAUUAGCAUAAUAUAUCCAAAAUUGUUUUGGAUUUCAGCAGCUACGCCAUUAACAUUAGUUAUUCUGUCUACUGCUCUAGUAGCCGGUCUCAAAUCAAAGCUUCACGGCGUCCAAACUAUAGGGAAGUUGCCUGAGGGCAUAAAUCCACCAUCGGUCAACAUGCUGUUCUUCAGCGGGCAUUAUAUAGGCUUAGCAAUAAAAACUGGUCUCAUCACCGGAAUACUUUCUCUAACAGAAGGAAUUGCAGUUGGAAGGACAUUUGCAGCGCUGAAAAACUACCAAGUUGAUGGUAACAAAGAAAUGAUGGCCAUUGGCCUAAUGAACAUGUCUGGUUCUUGCACUUCGUGUUAUGUCACUACAGGAUCAUUUUCACGUUCAGCAGUGAACUACAACGCAGGAGCACAGACAGUGGUGUCGAAUAUUGUGAUGGCCAUAGCUGUUCUGAUAGUCCUGCUGUUUCUGAUGCCACUGUUUCGUUACACCCCAAACCUGAUCCUUUCAGCAAUCAUCAUAACUGCUGUGGUUGGCCUAAUCGACUACAAAGGCGCCUACGAGAUUUGGAAAGUGGACAAACUCGAUUUCUUGGCUGCAUUGUGCUCAUUUUUGGGAGUUCUGUUCAUCUCAGUGCCUAUUGGCCUUGCUAUAGCAGUUGGGGUAUCGGUGUUGAAGAUUCUGCUGCAUGUCAGUAGGCCUAACACGGUGCCUUUAGGCAACAUUCCAGGAACUAAAGUGUAUCAGAGCCUCACCAGAUACAAAGAGGCCGUGAGGAUCCCGUCUUUUUUCAUCAUUGCAGUCGAGGCGCCUAUCUUCUUUGCGAACUCACUUUACUUGCAAGAACGGAUUUUGAGAUGGAUUCGUGAGGAGGAAGAAUGGUUGGAAUUACACAACAGCAGCAACAUAUUAUGUGUGAUUCUGGAUAUGACCGCCGUGACAGGAAUAGACACAAGUGGGAUUGAUCUGAUCACCGAGCUCCGGAGGAUGCUCAAUCUACGAUCAAUCAAGCUGGUGCUGGUAAACCUGGUCGGUGGUGUGAUGGAGAAACUACAAUUUUCCAAUAUAUUGGAGUCGUUCGGGUCGGAAGGCCUGUAUUUAACGGUUGGGGAAGCAGUUGCGGAGAUUUCUUCUUCGUUGAAAACUGAACCUUGAAAUAGAUUACAUUGUAAAUUAAACUUGUGUUUGCAUCUUAUUAUUUCAAAUUUUACAUGUAGUGCAAUUUUGAAAUGAAAUGCUGAGCUCAGUGUAAACUACUACGAAACAUGAUG